GUACUUGAGUUGUUUUCACCACUGAGGAAGAAAACGGUUGGCAGGUUGACUUUUGAAAGAAAGACACUUCCUGGAUGUGUUUUUGGUCCCAGGAAACAGCAGCAGAGUGAGCGCUCCGCCUCUGCGAGCCUCCGCCCUGUCGGUGCAGUUUCCUCAGGUGGUGUCAGCGGGAGGACGGAGGAGCGAGACGGGACCGGCCAGGCUUCACCUCUGCGGGACGAAUCAUGGAAGGAAAACGUCACAACUUCACCGGGAGUUUCGGGAAAGUCUGAGCUAUGAGGAGGAGCGAGUCCCGGACGCACGACAGGAUCUUUGGUGGCCGUUUCUGACUGUGUGGUCGCUUCCGUCGGUCCAGGUGCGGCUGUCGGACCCGAGGUCUGACUCCGGUAUCAGGUUUUUACACAGUCGGACAGUUCGUCCAGUUUGGAGCUCGCGAUGCCGGAGCUGAUCAGCGUGAUCGAGUUUAUUGCGGAGACUAAUGAGGACUACAAGGCUCCGACCACCUCCAGCUUCACCACGCGGAUGUCCCACUGCAGGAACACGGUGACAGCUCUGGAGGAGGCUCUGGACGUGGACAGAUCAGUUCUGUACAAGAUCAAGAAGUCGGUGAAGGCCAUUCACACGUCUGGUCUGGCUCAUGUGGACAAUGAGGAGCAGUACGUCCAGUCCAUGGAGAAAUUCGGAGACAACUGCGUCUGCAGGGAGGACGCCGAGGUCGGCUCGGCCUUCCUCAAGUUCGCUGUUUUCACCAAAGAGCUGUCGGCGCUCUUCAAAAACCUGUUGCAGAACAUGAACAACAUCAUCACCUUCCCUCUGGACAGUCUGCUGAAGGGAGACCUGAAAGGAGUGAAAGGGGAUCUGAAGAAGCCGUUCGAUAAAGCCUGGAAGGAUUACGAGGCCAAACUAGCGAAGAUUGAGAAGGAGAAGAGGGAGCACGCCAAGCAGCACGGGAUGAUUCGCACCGAGUUCAGCGGAGGAGAAAUCGCAGAGGAGAUGGAGAAGGAGAGACGACUCUUCCAGCUGCAGAUGUGUGAGUAUCUGCUGAAAGUGAACGAGAUCAAAGUGAAGAAAGGCGCCGACUUCCUCCAGAACCUCAUCAAGUAUUUCCACGCUCAGUGCAAUUUUUUCCAGGACGGACUGAAGGCUGUGGAGAGUCUGAAACCCUCCGUAGAGAAACUGGCUACAGACCUGACGGCGAUUAAGCAGACGCAGGAUGGAGAGAGGAAACAGCUGACUCAGCUCCGAGACGUCCUGAAGGCUUCCCUGCAGUCUGAGCAGAAAGAGGACGCUCAGGCCAAGCAGAGCGCAGGUUACAGCCUCCACCAGCUGCAGGGCAACAAGGCUCACGGCACCGAACGCUCCGGAGUCCUCUACAAGAGAAGCGAGGGACUGAGGAAGGUGUGGCAGAAGAGGAAGUGCUCGGUGAAGAACGGUUUCCUGACCAUCUGCCACGGCACGGCUAACACACCUCCAGCCAAACUCAACCUGCUCACCUGCCAGGUGAAGAGAAAUCCAGACGAGAAGAGCUUCGACCUGUUCUCACACGACAGAACGUAUCACUUCCAAGCUGAGGAUGAAGCCGAAUGUCAGGUCUGGGUGUCGGUGCUGCAGAACAGUAAAGAGGAGGCGCUGAACAAAGCGUUUAAAGGCGACCAGAACGAAGGAGAGAACAACAUCGUACAGGAGCUGACCAAAGCCAUCGUAGGAGAGGUGAAGAGGAUGAGCGGCAACGACAACUGCUGCGACUGCGGAGCUCCUGGUCCCACCUGGCUGUCCACCAACCUCGGAGUGCUGAUCUGUAUCGAGUGCUCGGGGAUCCACAGGGAGAUGGGGGUCCACUACUCCAGGAUCCAGAGUCUGGACCUGGAUGUCCUGGGAACCUCCGAGCUGCUGUUGGCGAAGAACGUGGGAAACGCCAGCUUCAACGAGAUCAUGGAGGCGGAUCUGUCAGUGCAGAAUGCAACCAAACCUGACCCGACCAGUGACAUGCAGAUGAGGAAAGACUACAUCACAGCGAAGUACACAGAGAAGCGUUUCGCUCAGCGGCUUUGUGCCGACGCUGCGUCCAGACUGCAGGUUCUGUACGAGGCCGUCAGGAACAGAGACAUCCUGUCUCUGAUCCAGGUCUACGCUGAGGGGGUGGACCUGAUAGAGGCCAGCCCACAGCCCAACGAGCACGAACCUGGAGAGACGGUGCUCCACCUGGCCGUCCGUAUGGGCGACAGAGACUCCCUCCACAUCGUUGACUUCCUCGCCCAAAACAGCGGUAACCUGGACAAGCAGACGGCCAGAGGAAGCACAGCGCUGCAUUACUGCUGUCUGACGGACAACAGCGAGUGUCUCAAACUGCUGCUGAGAGGAAAAGCUUCAGUGUCCAUCACAAAUGAAGCAGGAGAGACGCCGCUGGACGUCGCCAAACGUCUGCGAAACACUCAGUGUGAAGAACUGCUGACUCAGGCUCAGACGGGAAAGUUUAACGUCCACGUUCACGUCGAGUACGAGUGGCGCCUCCAGAAUGAGGACCUGGAUGAGAGCGAGGACGAGAUGGAGGACAAGCCGAUCCCUAACCGGCGCGAGGAGCGUCCGGUCAGCUGCUUCGUGCCGGGCAGCGGCCCCAUGCAGCCCAACCUGGCAGCGCUGGCCCGGGACGCCGCCUGCCUGGCGCGGGACAAACAGAGGCCUCAGGUCCCCAGCAUGAUGAUCAGCAACGAGACCUACGGCACCAUGAUGGACCUUAAGCUGCCGCCUCCGGGACCGAUACCCCCGCUGCCACCCAGAGUGCCAAACAGAGGUUUGGGACAAAGUAAACCGGCUGCCAUAGAAACCGUAGGAAGACAGCGGUCGUCCUCCGACCCCCCCAACCCCGUAACCCCCGAGAGGAACUCCUCCAUGUACGUGCUCCCAGCAGCUCCUCCUCCUCCGGUGAACAAGAGGUCCAGCAUGUUGGAGACCAAGACCCAGUCAGCCAGGAACACCCCCCUCCCUCCUCUCCCUCCCCCACCAGCAGCUGGGCUCCCCCCAUUCAUCCCGGCGCCUCCAGUCCCACCAGCACCCACCAUCCCACCAGCACCCUACUACAAAGCUCCGCCCCUCCCCCCACCAGUCCCCAGUCACCAGACCAGCAGACCACCGGGACCACCGGGACCACCAGGACCCAAGUCCCCCAAAUCACCCACAGGGUACAUACUGCACCAGACUGUACUGGUCUCUACUGAUCUAUAGUUGUUUGGUUAAAAC